AAUUUAUAUGAGAACUAAAUAUGUUGUGUAUAAAAAUUAUUGCAGCGAUAUUUAUCCUUAAUUUAGGAUUUUUAGAUGCACUGAAUAACAAAAGUUUUCCACCCGAUUUUAUGUUUGGAUGUGCAACUGCUGCAUUUCAAAUAGAAGGAGCAUGGAACGAAGAUGGAAAGACUCCCAGUGUAUGGGAUACGAACAACCACAGAAUCCCUUCUGUAAUAGCAGAUAACAGCACAGCAGAUGUGGCUUGUGAUUCCUACCAUAAAUACAAAGAAGAUGUCGCUCUUCUUAAAGAACUUGGCGCUUCCCAUUACCGAUUUUCCAUAUCUUGGCCAAGGAUUUUACCAAAUGGUACCAAUGAUUAUAUCAAUCCCCUUGGUGUAGCUUAUUACAAGAAUCUUAUAGCUGAACUGAAGGCUAGCAAUAUUCAACCUCUUGUAACAAUUGCUCAUGGAGAUCUUCCUCAAGUACUUGGUGAUUUAGGUGGGUAUUACAGUCUCUCUUUUCCUGAUUGGAUCAGAGAUUUUGCGAGAGUUCUUUUUGAUGAAUUUGGAGACGAUGUCAAAUACUGGUUUACUAUAAAUGAACCAUACGAAGUUUGUAUAUAUGACGGUGCAGAAAAGGCGUACGAUUGUGCUGCAAACUUACUUAAAGCUCAUGCUAAAAUUUGGCAUUUGUAUGAUGAGGAAUAUAGAUCUAAACAACAUGGAAAAGUUGCAAUGGUGCUUAAUUUAAACUGGUACGAACCGGAGACAAAUAAAACUGAUGAUAUUAUUGCAGCUGAAACAAAGAUGCAGUUCUCAUGGGGCUUUUUUGGACACGCUCUAUAUCAUGGUGACUGGCCAGAAAUUAUGAAAUCUCGUAUAGGUUUAAGAAGCAAAUUAGAAGGUUAUGCUAAAUCACGUCUUCCUGAAUUUACCCAAGAAGAGAUAAACUAUAUCAAGGGAACAAAUGAUAUUUUCGCUUUCAAUACAUAUACGACAAGUAUGGUUAGAGCUAUUGACGAACCAGAAAUUGGAGAUCCUACUCCUGAGAAAGACGUCGGCGUGUAUGAGUAUCAACCUGAUGACUGGAUUUCUGGUGCUUCACCUUGGUUAAAGGUAGUUCCUUGGGGUAUGCGUAAAUUACUUAGAUGGUUUAAACAAGAAUAUUUUAAUCCAGAAAUAUUUAUUACGGAAAAUGGAUAUUCUGACGCCACUGGUCAACUAAAUGAUCCCAACAGAACAGAUUAUAUACGUGAGUAUUUAAGUGCUGUUAAAGAUGCAAUGGAUUAUGAUGGUGUCAACGUCAUUGGUUAUAAUGUUUGGAGUAUAAUUGAUAAUUUUGAGUGGAAUGCUGGGUAUACGGUGAAAUUUGGUUUGGUAAAUGUGGAUAUGAACGACCCCAACAGAACAAGAACGAAAAAAGAUUCAUUUUACUAUUAUCAAAAAGUAUGCCAGACGCAUUGUAUUGUGGAUCAGUGUAUCGACUGAUAUUCAAAAUACUAUCUGAAAACGGUGUAAUAAUCUUUAAUAAUAAUAAAAAAAAUUAA